AUGUCUCACGGAAAGCAAUUCACGCUCUACAGCCACAAGAUGGGUCCCAACGGAUGGAAGGUCGCCAUGGUCCUCGAGGAGCUCGGACUCACCUACGAGUCCAUCUACCUCGACUUCUUCAAGGGCGAACAGAAGGCGCCCGCGUACACCCAGUACAACCCCAACGGUCGCACCCCGACACUCAUCGACCAUCACAACGGCGACCUGACGAUCUGGGAGUCGGGAGCGAUCAUCCUCUACCUCGCGGACAAGUACGACCAGGAGGGCAAGCUGUCGCCCGCCCAGGAUGACGAGCUCGGCCGCCACGAGCUGUCCCAGUGGCUCUUCUUCCAGGCGUCCGGACAAGGGCCGUACUUCGGCCAGCUUCGCUGGUUCCAGCGUCGGCACCCAGAGAAGCUCCCGUCGGCGAUCACUCGCUACCAGAACGAGGUCAUCCGGGUGUUCGGCGUGCUCGAAAGCGUGCUGUCGAAGCAGGCGUGGCUGCUCGGCGACAAGUGCACCGUCGCGGACAUCUCGUUCGUGAUCUGGAACCAGCCCGUCGUUGCGCUCGGUUUGCUCUCGGACGUUGAGGGGAUGGACGUGCCGACGAAGUUCCCCGCGUUCUACGCAUGGCAUCAGAAGCUGGUCGCCCGCGAGGCGGUGAAGAAGAUCCUCGAGCGCAGCUCUGAGAAUGCGUUGGCGCAAGUCGAGUCAAAACAUUAG